AUGGACUCAUCUAAAAACCAGCAGAACAACAACAACAACAAGAGCAGCAAAGUAACAAGUACAACCAGUUUAGGUAAGAGGCGCAGCUUGAACAAGCGCGCUCGGAAUAGGGCCAAAGGACACCAGCGACGCGAAGAUCCGGCAAACUCCACCAUGUCGAGCCCGAAGGCUUCAGAAUACGGUUCGCAAGCGUCACCGCUGCGCCAACCGGCGACACCAAACGAGAUAACCAAGGUGACCAUAUUGGGGGCCGCAGGUGGCAUUGGCCAGCCAUUGGCGUUGCUGUUGAUGCUGCACUCGGAGUACGUGCAGCAUUUGGCGCUUUACGAUCUGGUUCAUGUGCGCGGCAUUGCCGCCGACCUGUCGCACGUUGACCGCCAAUGCAAGGUGACCGCACACUUGGGCCCUGACGAGCUAACCGAGGCUGUGCGCGACGCUAAGGUGAUCGUCAUACCUGCCGGCUUGGCCCAAAAGCCGGGCAUGUCGCGCGACGAUUUGUUUGGCUCAAACGCCAAGAUCAUGUACAAUCUAGCGAAGGUUUGCGCCCAGGUGAACCCAAGCGCGCAUUUGGCAAUUAUUUCGAACCCGGUGAACUCUCUGGUGCCGCUUACCUGUGAGGUGUAUCAGAGAAUUUUGGGCGCUGGCAGCCGUAAAGAGAAAUCGGCGGAUUCCAAUUCGGCCCUCUCGCAGCCAGCCGCUCCACCUGCUUCACCUGGCGCAGCUGCGCCCGCGGGUUCAAGUGCGCAAAAGUCGGCGGGCAAGCAGCAGCAGCAGCAGCAGUGCUUCCAUGAUUGCUGCCGGCGAAUUUUCGGGGUCACCACGCUGGACGUCGUGCGCGCCUCCACCCUGAGCGCCAAGAGCGCCUUCUUCAAGCCCGAGCCCAACGGUCUGUUCAAGGAUCCGGCCAAGAUUGCCAUACCUGUGGUGGGCGGCCACGCCGGCAAGACCAUCAUUCCUCUGCUGUCGCAAUCAACCAUGAAAGUGGACAAGAAGCGUCUGAUUGAGGAGAAAGCAACCACGCUCACCCUGAUCGAGAGCAUCCAACAGGCUGGCAUCGAGGUGCUCAACGCCAAGAAGGGCGCCGGCUCGGCCACCUUGGCGAUGGCUUACUCGGCUUGCCGGUUCACCAUAUCGUUGUUGCGCGCGCAACAAGGCGAACCGAACAUAAUCGAGUGCGCCUAUGUUAGGCACCAGCAGCCGCUUGUGUCGGAUCUGGAAUAUUUUGCCGCUCCUCUAGUUCUAAGCAAGGAUGGUUAUGUUAAAACGCAAGGUUUCAGUCUCAACAAGUUGUUGCCCUACGAGCAGCAGAUGAUCGAGGAGGGCGCCAAAGAGUUGCGCAUGAGCGUUGCCAAGGGCGAGGAUUUCGCCAAAGAGCAAUUGUCGUCGGAAAAGCUUUGA